CCUCCCAAUCCGUUCCUUUCCUAUCCUCUUUUUCUCCGUCCAUACAAAAACACAAUGAACACUCCAAUCAUACAUAUAUUAUUGUUUCUCUUCUUAGCCGUCACCGCAUUUGCAGCCGCUACACCAGCCAGACGCACAAACUACCUUUUCACACCGCACGCAAAAGCAGUCGCGGGAGUAUGCACCGUAAUCCAAUCAAACACAAGUCUAUGCUGCAAAACCCUUAAACCCGUUCCUACCAAUGACCCCAUUGAAUUGAUCCGCGCAUUAGCGGUUGCGGCUGAAUCUUCCGUGAAAAAUAGUGUGGCUUUCCUCUCAGAAAUCAAACCAAAAAAUGCAUCAAACUCAACCGCAGCGAUCAGCAGCUGCGAGAAAAACCUGAAGUACGCGUUGGAAGAUUUCACCGAGUUUUGGAAAGCUACGGGAAAAGAUGUAACGACGUUGGCUCAUAACUAUUUCACGUGUAAGAAGAAGUUAAUGUCGAUCAUGGGGUAUCACUGGACUUGUUUGGAUGAUAUUGAUGAUAAGAGGUUGUUAAAGGAAGUGGAGAGUGUGAUUGGAGUUGGGAAGAAUCUAAGCAGUGAUUCGUAUGAUGUGUUUAAUGGUUUGAAUACUAUUUUUAAGACUUUUGGUAUUAAGGUGAAGCUGAACGAGGAAGACACUUCGCCCCGACCGCCACCAUUGUCAUCUUAUUACUACUGAUGAAAGGAUGGAGAUGUAAUUAUUACUUGAUGUCGUGUAAUGCCUAAAACGAUCGCUAAUGGAAUCAUUUUUAGGUUCUGUCAUGUAUGAUUGUAUGCUAUAGGUUCUAUAUAUACAUGUAUGGACGGGAUUCGAGGAAAGGAUAUAUUAAUGGAAUAUUAUAUUUAUUUUU